CCCGCUUUUAUGAUCCAAUCACGAUGCAUUACAUGUGAUCUCUUUUUGGUUUCCCUUUUGGGCAACUAGGACGUCACUUGUAGAUUCAUUGGUGUUGUAUGAAUAUCGAGGACAAAACAGUGCACUUUCUCGACCCAAGUUAACUCACUCUCAAAGAAUACUCCAGUAUUGGAAGUUACUGCCGAAUCGCAGGAAGCGGAAGACAACCCCGCACGCCCUAUGUCUUAACAUAACCUUGAGGGGUAAUCAUCAAUAAAGCCGUCGUCAACCGCACUUUUGUCCUCAAUCCUUAACUUCAACAUGGCUAGCGAAAAGACCACCACUCUCUCCGAGUAUCUCUUCACUCGACUCCUCCAGCUUGGUGCCGACUCCAUCUUUGGAUUGCCGGGAGAUUUCAACCUUAAGCUGCUGGAUUACAUAGCUCCCUCGGGAUUGAAAUGGAUCGGGAACUGCAACGAGUUGAAUGCAGGAUAUGCUGCUGAUGGAUAUGCGCGGAUCAAGGGAAUCGGUGCUCUCAUCACCACAUUUGGUGUCGGAGAGCUCUCGGCUAUCAACGCCAUUGCGGGUGCAUAUGCGGAACGAGCUCCGGUCAUUCACAUAGUUGGCACGCCACCACGACAAUUGCAGGAAUCGCGAGCUCUCGUCCAUCACACUUUCGCUGAUGGCGAUUUUGGUAGAUUUGACCAGAUGCAGGAACACAUCACAGUGGCGCAAGUCAUUAUCAAUGACUACCGGACGGCACCGGCGGAAAUCGAUUACGUUCUACAGCAGUGUUUAGUUCACAGCAGGCCGGUUCGGAUUGCAAUUCCGCAUGAUAUGGUUGGAGUGCGGGUUUCUGCAGCAGGGCUUGAUACCAAGAUCGUCAUCCCUCCUCCGGUCAGCCAGCCACAGGUCGAAGAGGAGGCGUUGCGACUCGUCCUGGACCGAAUCUACAGCAGCAAGAAGCCAAUGAUACUGGUUGAUGGCGAGAGCAGGGUGCUUGACAUUUUGGAUGAGAUCGAUCAGUUUGUCAAGAAGACGGAAUGGCCUACCUUUACUUCUGGAUUCGGAAAGAGUCUUGUUAGCGAAGCAUUGCCAAACGUGCAUGGGGUCUAUUCGCUAGAUCACAAGAAUUUCGUCGAUUCUUGCGAUUUGGUUCUCUGCUUUGGACCUCACUACAGCUCGACAAAUAGCCACCAGAGCCUUACGCUUCCAAAGAAGGAGGUUACGAUAGACUUCACGGGAACCGCGGUCAAGACAAACAAGGACGCCUUCCAUGACCUCCCAUCAAAGCAAUUUCUACAACAACUUAUCGCGCAGCUCGAUGCUUCAAAGUUCCCCAAGCACACUCCCGAAAUCAUCCCCACUAGCACCCUUUCCCCAGUGACAAGGUCGGAUCCGGUGACACAGACCGGCGGGUUCUGGCAGAGACUGUCCCCAUUCCUCCGGGAAGGUGACAUCAUUCUCGCAGAGACUGGUACGGCCGGUUACGGUGCGAACGAGUUUGCCCUCCCCCAGCACACGCGCCUCUUUAGACCGGUUACCUGGUUAUCCAUCGGAUACAUGCUCCCCGCAGCCCUCGGUGCCAGCAUUGCACAGAGGGACCUCAUCGCCCGGUCCGAGUAUCACAAUCUCCCACGUGCUCGCACUGUUCUCCUCAUCGGAGAUGGCAGCUUCCAACUAACAGCACAGGAACUCAGCACUAUCAUUCACCACAAACUGGACGUGAUCGUCUUCCUCAUCAACAACGAAGGAUACACGAUUGAGCGGUGCAUCCAUGGACGAAACGCGGAGUAUAACGACAUCACCCAAUGGCGGUACCUCAAGGCUCCGGCAUUUUUCGGUGCGCCAGAAGAGGGCGAGCACGCCGCACACACAACCGAGAUCCGAACCUGGGGUGACUUGGAGAAGGUCAUUGCUGAUGAGAGGAUGUGGAAUGCGAAGGGGAUCCGAAUGGUGGAGGUGUUCCUGCCGAAACUUGAUGCGCCUAAGCUUCUGAUGGGUUUAUUGCAUAAUCAGGAGCAAGCGGAGCGGAAGCAGCAAGAGAAGAAAUGACGGGAGAAAAAGCACACAAAGACAAAUGACAAUUGUUGUAAAUGUAGCUCUGCAAUGCCAUUUAGGCGACGGAAUUCGGGGAGUAAAUCUUGAACAUGAUUGGUCGAUGUCAUUUUCCUCUCCUUGCACUUCCAUCGGCUAAAAGUCAUUAAGAUUUCGCCAGGGCUGUGCUUAAUCUAGAGUACAUACAUGGUCUCUAGAUCUACAUCCCUUUCCAUAUUGGGAAUAGUGCCAAAUAUCCAAGUCAUGUGAUUUAAGUAUCAAUUCUGUGAGAAAGCAGUCAAACAGGUCAUUUUUUCU